AUGGCUGCGAGACAAUCACCGUUUGAUCUCUCUAAAUGCGCGCGCAAGAACAUCUUGCAAUUGCAGCCCUACCGCUGUGCCAGAGAGUGUGUUUACCCUCCAGAUGACGGAACGAACGUCCUUCUCGAUGCCAACGAAAACGCUUAUGGCCCUGGUCUUGCCCUGAACUCGGAAGGCGCUUUGCAACAAUCUACUGUCAACGGAGAUUCGACUGGCUCGUCGAAGCCAGACAUCGACUUUUUGGGAUUGAACCGCUAUCCCGACCCACACCAGAUUGAGUUGAAGCAACUUUUCUGCAACCUCCGCAAUACCCGUAUUCACAGCCAAAAAGACCUGACCCCCGAGAAUCUUUUCGUUGGAGUUGGCUCCGACGAAGCCAUCGAUGCCCUGUUAAGAUGUUUCUGCGUGCCGGGAAAGGAUAAGAUCCUUACUUGCCCCCCUACGUAUGGCAUGUAUGGUGUUAGUGCGCAGGUCAAUGACGUGGAUAUCGUGAAGGUGCCUCUGGAUGUCGAGAAUGGUUUCCAGCUACAGCCGGAAAAGAUCAUCGAGACUCUGUCUGCGGACGACUCGAUCAAGAUGGUGUACAUCUGCUCACCUGGUAACCCUACAGCCAACUUGAUCCGCAAGUCCGACAUCCAGAAGGUGCUGGAGCACCCUACAUGGAAUGGUGUGGUCGUCGUGGAUGAGGCAUACAUCGACUUCGCCCCCGAAGGCUCCAGUCUCGCCGAAUGGGUCAACGAUUGGCCCAACUUGGUGGUUAUGCAGACUUUGAGUAAGGCCUUUGGUCUGGCCGGUAUUCGGCUGGGAGUCGCGUUCACUAGCCCUGCCAUUGCCCGUCUGUUAAACAGCCUGAAGGCCCCUUACAACAUCUCAAGUCCAACUAGUGCACUUGCUAUGGCUGCUCUGUCCCCUAACAACAUGGCUGUCAUGAAGAAAUACCGGGAACAGAUCAUUGCUCAGCGCGAACGCUUACUACAGGAACUACCCAAGAUUCCGGGAAUUGGUCGCUUCCUUGGCGGACAGGAGUCGAACUUCCUCCUCGUAGAACUCCUAGACAAGCCCGCGAAUGAAGGCGGAAAGCCCAGCAACCAGGUAGCCCUCGCUGCGUACGAAGCUAUGGCGGAAAAACACGGGGUUGUGGUACGGUUCCGCGGAAAGGAGCUCGGAUGCGAAGGUUGCCUGCGGGUUACAGUAGGAACAGAGGAAGAAGUCACUAGGUUCCUGCAGGAAUUGCGGGUAGUCCUGGGCGGUCUUCUGGGGUAG